CGAAAAUCCUCUAGCUGAACCCUCCACGAGGGUGCCGGCUGGACAAUGGACAUUGCAUUAUUCCGAGACAAUGCAGUGUCUAGCUAAGGCAAUGGGCUAGCGUCUGGAACUGAGCCAGGGCCAUGGCUAGAGGUGCCUGGCGGUCAGGCAUAAAACGCUAGGGGGUGGUCCCCCCGAAAAACAUCAACCACGUAUGGACCUUCGGGCCAACUAUGGAGGGAGAUAAUGAGCAAGCACGGGUUGGGAUGUCAACCCAAACGUCGGUGGAAAGCGUGACUGCUACCACCGGCGGGCACGGGGAGGAACAAUCCUCUCUGCGUGUCGCCAGCGGUCACACCUCGGACAUGGCGGGAGCAGGCCAUGUCAGUUGUAAUACUACUGCUACAAAAACGACGCAUUGCAGGAUAAGCCGCACGGGUGCCUCUGUCGAUACAGACUCGGACCUGGAGAGCGUGCUAUCCAUUAGCAAGACUGAAGAAGAAAGGCUUCUCCGCUCGCCGGAACCAGGUACCAGCUCCCUGCGUAGGGAGGGGCCGAAGCGUUCCAGGGAGGGGAUGAAGGCAAAGGCACAGUAUAAGGCGGCCCUCAAGUUACAUGGCCGGCUCCAAGGCAAGUCGGAUAUCUCCCAAGAGGAGAAAUCCAAGCUAGCCUGGGCGGAGCAACGAGUACAGAAGGGCCGCAAACACUACGCGCAGCUGCCCCAGAUGCAGGCGGCGAAUGGUGAAUUCGCAAACAAGGUGGAGGAGAUGUUGGCUACCAAGAGGCAACGCUCGAUCGAGAGUGCUACCAAAGACACGCCGGCGAGCAAGCGGCGACGCGGGCCCAAGGUGGCCACCCCACAGCCAAAGACGAGGAAGCAGAAGGCCAUGAGCGAGGUGUCCAAGAGACACCUUAUUGUGGCAUUGAUUGACCGCAGUGUCGAGAAUGGAAAGAUGACGGCGGUGCAGUGGAAGCUAGUCCACGCGCAGCUUGUCGAAUCGCUCUUCUCGCGAAUGGAGGAUGACCCCAGCGCUCCCAUGCCCACCUUCGAUGGAGCGGGAUGGCUGAACGGUGUCAAGAUCCUCAAAUGCAACGACGACCCCACGCGGCAAUGGCUGGUUCAGAAGGUGCCCCAAUUGGAAGCUCUGUGGGAGGGGGCCAAGUUGGAGGUGGUAAACAGGGAGCUGAUCCCAUCUGUUCCAAAGGCGAAGGUGCUCUUCCCCAUUGCUGUCCAAGGAGAGCGAGCGCUGAAGCUGCUGCAGAGGCAGAACCAAGACGUGCCAACGGCAGACUGGACAGUUCUGCAUGCUGCUAACCCAUUACCCAAUGAGGGGGGCCAGCAUGUAAUCCUCCAGAUCAGCAAAGAGGCAGAGGACCUGCUGUAUCCCAAGUUCGGGAAAAUGGCGUGGGGCGUGGGUACUGUAUACCUGCGUCUUAAAAAGCGCCACCCCGAAGACAAAGAUGUGCACACCCUGCAAGCAGGCGAGGUCGAGAAAGACCUAGGUCUGGAGACCAUAGUGGCGGCCGCCCAGUGUCUUGCACUGGACGACUCGGAGGAAGAGGAGGACGAUGACCUGACAAUUAUAGACAGCACGUCGUGUGAGGGUGAGGGUGUGAGUUAGCCACCCAUGACACUAAGGGUGCUGCAGCUCAACCUUCCUAAGGCAAACUAGCAUCGGCGGAGCUCCCCAUUGCCAUGGAGCAAGGGCCCGCUGACAUAACUUUAGCCCGACUUAAGUCCUCAAAUUACAACCUACUCUACUCAACAUCGUACGGAUGACCUGACGGUAGUGAUGCUGGAGAGUAAGGAAAAGCGCCUUCUGGCCUCUUCCUGCUACAUGGCACACGACAGGCUUGCAUCACCGGACUGGUGACAGAAACCUGUAAAACUAGGCCGUAACAAAAUUCGAGCUUAAGAUCUGGUGAGCUUUGAUAAAGCUUAUCAACAUAUGUUUUGCGAUCAAGUGGCAACACUUUAAUAUGCAAUGUUUCUGCUUUGCAGCAUAUUUUAUUAAAUAUUGCUGUGCCUGCAUUUGGUAUAACAGAAAAAGACCAUAGAAUGUGUGAAAACCACGUGGGUUGCAGUACUUAAUAGUCCCAGCCUCUUCCUUUUUCUCCUCGUGGCCGUCAUCGUGACCGGUAGUGAAAAUAUAUACGCUUAAGGCAGCCUCAGUGUCCAUUCCAAGGUCAAGCCAAAGUCAAAGAUUCCUACCAGGGCAAAGUGUUACCUCCACACCGUGGACGGAGAAAAUAUAUAUCGCCAAUACGUUGGCAGCCGUUUGACCGUCUGGAAAACGAGCGCCCCAGUGUGGUAAAAUUUUAUCUCAAAUAGUGGUGCAGUUCUGUUGAGGAUUAGCACGACUAGUACCUACGUACUGAAAAGCUGGUCGAGUUGCAGAUUGGGUAUUCCCGGAGACCUCUAUUGGUCACUUGCCCGUACCACCGUACCACCGGUUGAACCCCACCGUUCGACACUCGGAUGAGGCGGUAGCCGGUGUGAUCUGUACUCUUCACCUGGAUAAGUUCGACCCAUGGGGAUGAGCUGAGUGACUCUUCAAAUACACCAGUCGCCCCACGAUCGAUCCAUAUGUGCCAGCGUACAUAACCUCACGCAGUAGAUGGACCGCGUUCAUUGACCCCUGGCCUCGGUAGCAGCAGAUGUGACCUGCGGCUGGUACAAUCUUGUCCCACCUGCAGACCUCGAGUAGGAACUCGGUCUCCAGCCGGGAAGCAUCGAACCCGCCUCGGAUUUAGUUUUACGUUAUAUCAUUCUUUCGAAAUUAGACCCGAUAUGCGAAACCCUGUUAUAUAACCCUGUUUCGGUAUAAACGAAAUGGAAAUCCCUGUCCAGGGUCUAAGUCGGACAUGCAACAAAGGAGUAGUGUAUUAAUACCGAUUAUUCUUACAGUUUUUGAUUUUGGUUGCCCCGCAUUCAUCUCAUCAUCUAUGCAGCUAAUCAUCACAAUCACACACAUCAUCAUACUCAUCCACCCAUCAAAUCACCUCAUCCAACAUACAACGAAAGAUCUUUCUGCGUGGCAGCCAAAAUUAUUAUUCGUCCCCUAAGUGAUUAUCAUGAAACAAGUAAGCCAUAUGAUAAACAUGACUGUGCGGUAACUAUUCGUUGGUCUUCAACCGUGAUCAUGGUCUUAUACACGUAUUACUCAUGCUCUUGGUCGACUCUCCAUAUACCUGGUUUUUGCCUGGUUUCGCACGGACCAAGUUAAAUUAAUGAAGUUUAAAGUUUUAGUGUUCCUAUAAUGAACACGUAAUGUAGUUCUUGCACAUAUCUAUACAUACUCAUAACCAUUUUUAUAUAUUUAUUCAUCAUUAUACCCUACCUCUCCCAUAUGAUUCUCUUUCCCCCCGCAUAUUCUCUAUAGUAAUACCCUGUAAAUGAAAGAAAAUUUCGAAUAUCAUGGUUAUAUUAGGGUAUACGUUCUAUGUUAGGUUAGGUUUAAUAAGAAAGUAGAUGAAUAUUCAUGGAUUGCUUAAAUAAAAUUU